AUGCCUCGCUCAGGGCCAAGUGCCGCAGAUACUCCUUUACUAAGGGUAUCACGACCAGUCUCUGCGUGCUCAAGAUGUCGCGCAGCCAAGAUUAAGUGCGAUGGCAAAUUGCCAGCUUGCACAGCAUGUGAGAAAUCAGGCCGUGCAGGAGAAUGUUCAAGUGCCAAUGACCAGUUUGCAAAAGGCAAAGAGCGAAGCUAUGUUGCUUCCCUGGAAUCCCGCGUUGAAAAACUUGAAAAGCGGCUUGCGUAUGCUAGAUUGCGGAAAGCAUCCGUGGCGAUGCACGAUAACGAUGACCCAGUUGAGGCGCCAGAUCGCAAAGACUCACUGGCGACGAUACGUGCUGCCAUUCACGGAAAAGCUGCUCGGCGAAGAGAGGCAGCCGAUGUGAAUGAGCUUGUCUCCGAUUUUGGAUUCCUGUCUGUGAACGCCACCACUCGUGACUUUGAAACGUCUACGAGCAACAUGACCUUUGCACGGCUAGUUCUAGCUGCUACGAACAAUGAAGGUGUACCCAAGUCACAGCCUUUUCAGCUUCCCUCUAGACCGGCGGCUAUGGCAUUGGUACAAUUCUAUCUCGAUAAUGUCUUUGCCCUUUUUCCAGUGUUUUCCGAAACCGCCUUAUUUAACGCUCUUGAUGCAGUGUAUCAAGAAAAUGGACGUCCUGUUACAGACUUCGAGCAUUGGCUACUUUAUAUGGUCCUUGCAAUUGGCGCGAAUGGCCAAUCUAGGAGCAGCAAGGACGCAUAUUAUGCAGAUGGUGUUCUCUGGGUUGGUCGAGCUCUACGUUAUGCUGACCGAGUCCUCAUGCCGGGAUAUGUAUCCCAGAUACAAGCUUUACUUCUGCUUGUACAGUAUUCAAUGCUAGACCCGGCUCACUUCGACAGUUGGCAGUUGAUCGGGUUUGCAUGUCGAGCAGUAGUGGACCUGGGUUUCCAUCAAGACCCUCCAAAGGAGCAAGUCAGCGACAAGAACACUCUUGAAUUAAGAAGGAAGAUUUUCUACUGUGUCUAUUCGCUUGACCGUAUGGUGCAUGCCAGAUCAUUCUCAUUCACAGAUGACUCUACUAGUGUCACUUUUCCACAAGCACCAGCCACUGUCACAGCAACUACUUCUACUGGAAACCCUGUGCAAGGGCCACACUCGAUGGAAACAGCUCUGCUAUUGUUUCAAUUGCGACAGCUGCAGUCUUCGUGGUAUCAAGAGCUUUUCCAGUCUAGCCGAGAUCCAUUGCAAAACUCCUCGACAUACAUUUGGCAAAUGUGUCAGGAAAUGCGCGAAUGGUCCGAAUCGUUUCCCGAUAGUCUUCCACUGGCUUUCAAGGACUUCUUCGAUCUUGAGCUUCUGUACAGUUAUGUCUACUGUUUGGCUCCGUCUUGUCGUGUACAGGCGCCCUCUGCACAUGGCAAGACUUUGAUCUUCGAGUAUAGUAUAGCAUACAUGCAAAAAAUAUUCCCGAUCAGCCGGGAUCCGAUCAACACAGCCUUCUAUACAUAUCACGAUGCCUUGAGGGUCUAUUUCAUCGGCGGACAAUUCCUUGCUGUUCUAGGCGAUAAUCAAGACCAGCUACUGAACGGUAUCACUCAAUUUCCUGUAGCUGUCGCAGGUUCUCCACCGCCGCCGCCACUUCCCAGCAACGCAGGGAUGGACAGCAUUGAUCGCAGUAUCAAUUGCAUCACUCACAUCAAGGAGACACUCAAGACUUUUGGGCAUCGGUGGGAUGAUUCACAAGCUCUUCUCACCAAUUUCGAAUUGCAAGCUGCACCAUUAUCUGCAGCUCUACUGCGUCGAAAGCAUCAUAUAGAUGACUUUUCACGAAACAGCCAUAGUCCACCAAACUAUAUGCCCCAGCCCAGUUUCGAUGCGGUUGGUAAUAUCAUCGCGGAUGAUUGGUCAAAUAUGGGCUCGGGAUACGUUCACACCAACGUGUUGUCAGGAGGAUCCGGUACGGGACAGCAUGGUGUAUAG